AUGGGUGUCUUUUUAUCAUUUCACCAUAACAGUCUAGUUUUAUUAUUUUUGUGGUUGAAAGUGCUGGAAACGCAUUCUGCUACCCCUCUCCUAUCCCGCACUGAUUGGAUCAGGAAUCAGUCUAGUUAUUUGCACAACUACAACACCAAGUUUGAGAAUCUCAAGGCACAAUUUGAGAAACUUACCCUUGUCAGACAGCGUGUGCUGCAUAAUAUUGAGGUUGCUAGAAGAAAUGGAGAAGAGAUUGAUGAGGACUUUCAAGAGUGGAUGAUUAAUGUCGACAAGCUCAUCGAAAACGCAGUUAAGAUUUUUUUAGACGAACGGAAAGGAAAGAAGAGAUGUUUCGGGGGGUUAUGUCCUAAUUUGGGAACCCGCCAUCAGCUUAGCAAGAAAGCAGCUAACGAAGUUAAGUCUAUGGUUUUACUAUUGUCUCAAGGAGAAAAAUUCCAUGAAAUCUCCUCCCGUACCAUUCCAGAGGACAUUUCCAGCUUGGUUACUUCAAGCCAAAAUCCCUUUAUUUCUUUGCGGAACUACAACAGAUACUAUGAGAAACUUGUUACUGAAGUUGAGAAGCUGAUGGAUGACAGGGAGCGUGUGCAGCGUUUGAUAGAGGUUUCUAGAAGAAACGGAGAAUCGAUUUAUGAAGAUGUUUCGAAGUGGAUGAUGAGUGUUGGAGAGCUUGUUGAUGAUACAAGAAGGACUUUUGAAGCCUUUAAGCAGAAAGAAAAUGGCCGAUGUUCCAUCGGGUUGUAUCCUGGUCUGAAAGCCCGUUACAAUCUCGGCAACAAAGCAGUGAGGCAACUGAGGGCUGUUGCUGAACUCCGGGGAGAAGUGUUCGAUAGAGUUUCUUACACUAUCAUUCCACCCAACGUAUGGCAUACUUCUACCAAAGUUUACGAGAAUUUUGGAUCAAGAAUGUCCACUUUGCAGGGUCUGUACAACACAUUAAAGGAUCCUAAUAUCAACAUAGUUGGGGUGCAUGGAAUGGGUGGCAUUGGCAAGACUGUGUUAGUGAAGCAAUUAGCAGCUCGAGCCGAGAGAGAUAAGCUCUUUGAUGUUGUGAUUUUUGCAGAGGUAACUUCAAGACCAAACAUAAAAAAGAUUCAAGGAGACAUUGCAGAUCAUCUGGGUCUGAUGUUCCGUGUGGAGGGUGAAGGGGAAAGAGCACUCAGGCUAAUUGAUCGAUUGAUGCUAGAGAAGACCGUUCUUGUAAUAUUAGAUGAUAUCUGGACAAGUUUUAAUUUGAGGAGAGUUGGAGUUCCUGUGGGAGACGAUCAUGAGAUGUGUAAACUACUGCUAACAUCAAGAGAUGGUGAUGUAUUAAGCCAAAUAGGUUCUCAGCGGAAUUUUUUUGUUGAUGUUUUAGAUGAAGAAGAAAAUUUUGAUCUCUUUGAGAAAAUAGCAGGUGAUUCUGCUGAAAACCUGGAGUUGCAGCCCUUAGCAUUUAACAUAGCCAAGGCAUCUGGAGGCUUGCCUCUUGCCGUUUCUUCAAUUGCAACUGCAUUGAGACGCAAGGACAUAGCUACAUGGCGCAAUACAUUGCGAAGUUUGGGACAGCCAUUAUUGAAUAACUUCAGUGGGAUACUUGCGGAAGUUUACUCAAGUAUAGAGUUGAGUUAUAAUCUUUUGAAAGGUGAGGAACUCAAGUCAACUUUUUUGCUUUGUAGUCUGAUGAAGUAUUCUGGUGAUAUUUCCAUCAUGGGAUUGUUAAAAUAUGGAAUGGGUUUGGGUUUAUUUAAAGAAAUUUCUAGUGUGGAAGAAGCACGAAAUAGAGUAUAUACAUUGAUUCACGAACUCAAAUGCUGUUGUUUGCUACUCGAUGGUCAUUCCAAUGAAUGGUUUUCUAUUCAUGAUAUUGUUCUUCUUGUUGCCAUAACAAUUGCAUCUAGAGAUCAACAUGCAUUUACACUGAGAAAUGGGGCUAUAGAUUGGCUAGAUAAGGGUGCACUUAGAAAAUGCCAGGCAAUCUUCAUAUUGGACAGUAAUAUUACAGAGCUUCCUGAAGGUUUGGAAUGUCCACAACUCAGUUUUUUCUAUCUUCUUGCUCAAAAUUCAAUUAUGAAAAUUCCAGACAGUUUUUUCAGUGGAAUGACACAACUCACUGUUCUAAACUUGACUAAAAUGCACUUAUCACCAUUACCUUUCUCACUUUGUAUCUUAGUAAACCUUCGGACAUUGUGUUUGGAUCAGUGCAUACUGGGAAAUAUAGCUGGUGUUGGAGACUUGAAGAACCUAGAAAUCCUCAGCUUAUCACAUUCUGAUAUUAAGUUUUUGCCUAAAGAUAUAGGUCAGUUGACUCAGUUGAGGAUGUUAGAUAUGAGUGGUUGUUCCAAACUAGAAGUUAUUUCACCAAAUGUUAUAUCAAGUUUAUCUCGCUUAGAAGAAUUGUAUAUGAGUAAUAGCUUUCUUCGAUGGGAAGUUGAAGGGCUCAGUAUGGAAGGAAGAAAUGCUAGCGUUAAUGAGUUGAAGCAUUUGGCUGAAUUGACAUCUUUAGAAAUAUGUGUUAAAGAUGCCAAUAUUCUACCAAGAGAUCUUGUUUCUAAGUUGAGAAGAUACAGGAUAUUCAUAGGUGAUGUGUGGGACUGGUUCAGUGAGUAUGGAACUUUAAGAACAUUGAAACUCAAGGCCAAUACCAGCAUUUUUCCGAAGCGUGGGAUUACCAGGCAAUUGAAUGGAAUUGAAGAACUAUACUUGGAUGAAUUGUUGGGUGUCGACAACGUUCUUUAUCAAUUAGAUGGUGAGGGUUUUUCACAAUUGAAGCAUCUCCAUAUUCAGAAUAAUUCCUCCUUGCAAUGUAUUGUUGACCCAACGGAUCGUGAACCUGGUCAUGCUUUUCCCAAAUUGGAGUCAAUGUUUCUUCACAAUUUGGUGAACUUGGAGAUGAUGUUUAAAGGUCGAUUCACUAAAGAGUCGUUUUGCAAUUUAAAAAUCAUAAAGGUGGAAAAGUGUGAUAAGUUAAAAAAUGUCUUUUCAUUUUCUAUUGCUAGAGGGCUUCCACAACUUCAAACACUUAAUUUCAAUGGGUGCAAUAAUAUGGAAUAUAUAUUUUUUCCUGAAACAGUUGCAGAUUUUUAUGUUGCUAACAGUGAAGAAAACAUCGAAAUCAAUGAAGUGGUGAAUAAGAUUGAAUUUGGUCAGAUAUGCUCCUUGACUUUGAAAUCACUUCCAAAACUCAGAGGCUCUUGCUUUAAAGUGACAUCGAGCUAUGAAGACGUUUUGGAGGAUUUGGUUGAAUCAAACAAGCCACUUUUCAGUGAAACGGUUUCGUUUCCCAUUUUGCAGGUACUGGAACUGGCUGAAAUUAAUAUUCAGAAGAUUUGGCACAAUCAACUUCCAUCAAACUCUUCUUCCAUUCAAAAUUUAACACAUUUAAUCUUGCGAGGGUGUGGUAAAUUAAACUAUAUUUUUUCAUCUUCUAUAUUACAAAGCUUUGUGAAACUCCAACACCUAGAAAUAUGCCAUUGUGAAAUUCUGGAAGAGGUAAUCUUCGUGGAAGAGUUCUGUGAAGAAGUAAGGAAGGGAAUAAUCUUCCCUUGUUUAGAGCGCCUGGUGAUAAAAGAUCUUGAAAAACUAACAAGAUUUUGCUCAGAAAUUUUCAUUGAAUUUCCAUCCUUGAAACACUUGGAGAUAGAGCAAUGCCCCCAGUUCAAGUCAUUCAUCUUGACGAACAUAAACACAGACUCACAGGAAAUUCAACCUUUCUUCAAUGAAAAGGUUGCAUUACCUAGCUUAGAAGAAAUGAUAAUUUCUGGCAUGGAUAACUUGAAGGUGAUAUGGAGCUACCAACUCCUUAGGCAUUCUUUUCAAAGGCUAAAACUAAUCGAAAUCAAGAACUGUGAUAAGCUAUUGUCUAUUUUUCCUUCAGAUAUGUUUGAAUGGUUCCGGUUGUUAGAAACACUAACUGUUACUGCUUGUGGUUCAUUAGUAGAUAUCUUUGAUCUCCCGAGGUUAAAUUUUCAAGCUCAGUUAAAAGAAUUGUAUAUCCAUGAUCUACCAAAAGUGAGACAUAUAUGGAAAACGGAGUCGCAAGUAAAGCAUUCAUUUCCAAAGCUCCACUUGGUGAAAAUUAUUGGAUGUCAGGAUCUAGAAAAUCUUUUCCCAGCCCCCAUUGCCAGGAGCCUUUUUGAACUUGAAGAGCUUGAGUUGGUUAAUUGUGGAGUGAAGGAGAUUGUUUCAAAAGAGGAAAGCGAAGAAUCAACUAUUAGGUUUGUCUUUCCACGGACAACAUUUCUCAAAUUCUCAAUGCUGCCACAACUUAGAUGUUUCUAUCCUGGAACACACACUUCAGAAUGGAUGGCAUUAAAAAAGUUAGAAGUGUGUGAUUGUGAAAAUGUGGAAAUAUUCACUUCAAAAUUUCUCAGCAACCAACUCGAUGUACCAGCAAAACAACCCCUCUUCUUGGUUGAAAAGGUCUUCCCAAAUUUGGAGGAACUGAAACUUGGUGGAAAAGUCAUUGCAAUGGUAUGGCAAGGGGCAUUUCCAGAACACCUGUUUCGCAGAGUUGAAAUUCUUCUCGUUGUUAGAGAUGAAUCAGAUGUUUUUCCAUUUCAUGCCUUUCAAAGAUUUCACAAUUUGGAAAAGCUCAUCCUAAGUCAUGGUUCAUACAAAGAGAUAUUCUCACAUGAGGAGGUAGACGAACAAGAUGGACAUGCCAGUAUAUUGACACAGAUUAAAGAAAUAAAGUUGUUUGAACUUUCUAUUCUAAAGUACAUGUGGAAACAAGAGUCAAAACUUAGCACAUUACUUCAGAAUCUUGUCUUUCUUGAGAACUUAGUAGCACUUUCAACAGCCAAAACCCUGGUGCAACUCAAAGAAAUGAAGAUUUGUGGAUGUGAAAUGAUGGUAGAAGUAGUAGCAGAUGAGGGAUAUGCAAUAGAAGAAGUUGAGAUUAACUUUUGCAAAUUGAAGAGCUUAACACUUUCUGGUUUAGAAAGUCUUGGAAGCUUCUGUUCCAGGAAUUAUACUUUCAUAUUCCCAUUAUUAGAAGAAGUAUUCAUAAUAGAAUGUUCCAAUAUGACUUUUUUCUCGAAGGGAGUUUUGAGCGCACCAAAUCUACAAGCAGUACAACAGAGUUGGGCAACAGAUCUAUGGUGUUGGGACGGUGAUCUUAAUACGACCAUACGACAGUUGCAUAAGAAAACGCUCUUAUACUCUCAGACUCUGACUCUCUGAAACUUCUGCUAUCUUUCCAUUUGAUGCUGAGAUCUAUCAAUGACAACGACGAGUGCUCUGAUUGCAUCAAAAAUGACAUCGAGGCUGACUUCAAUCCUGUCAAAGUAUCCUGUUUUUCAAUUUGUUGUUUUACAAUUAGUUUUGUAGCAACUACAAAUGUUUAGGGAUUUUAUGCCUUUAAUCUUCAAUCUUCAGUUAAUU